AUGAUGACUGCAAGAAGAUACUACCAACUGACUGGAGGCCAAGAACAGAGUGCAGCACUGGCUGUAGAUGCCCAACCUACAGAAUCUGAAAAGGAAAUUUAUAAUCAGGUGAAUGUAGUGUUAAAGGAUGCAGAAGGAAUACUGGAAGACUUGCAGUCAUAUAGAGGAGCUGGCCAUGAAAUACGAGAGGCAAUACAGCAUCCCAGUGAUGAGAAGCUGCAAGAGAAGGCAUGGGGUGCAGUUGUUCCACUAGUAGGCAAACUAAAGAAAUUCUAUGAAUUUUCUCAAAGACUAGAGGCAGGAUUGCGAGGUCUGUUGGGAGCCCUAACAAGCACUCCAUAUUCACCAACGCAACACCUGGAGCGAGAGCAGGCUCUUGCUAAGCAGUUUGCAGAAAUUCUUCACUUUACACUCCGAUUUGAUGAGCUCAAGAUGACAAAUCCUGCUAUACAGAAUGACUUCAGCUACUAUAGAAGAACUCUGAGCCGUAUGAGGAUUAACAAUGUCCCAGCAGAGGGAGAAAAUGAAGUAAAUAAUGAGUUGGCAAACAGAAUGUCUUUAUUUUAUGCUGAAGCAACGCCAAUGUUGAAAACCUUAAGUGAUGCUACAACAAAGUUUGUGUCAGAGAAUAAAAAUUUACCGAUAGAGAAUACAACAGAUUGCUUAAGCACCAUGGCUAGUGUGUGCAGGGUCAUGCUGGAAACCCCGUGAGUAUAAACAGUGCUCGUAUUGUUUAUGAAUCAUCUCUGUAUUUAAGACAUGACUUGUGAUGCAAAAGGUGAAAGAAAUAUAACUGGGGUAAUUAGGAGCUAUGGUGGGGUUUUUUUACCAACUUAGUUGUUUAUCUUAACAUGAAACUAAUGUCUCAUUUUGCUAGCCAUGCAAAUCAUGCGGUCUACUUUUCUGAACUUAUUAAUAUUUAAAAAUAGAAUGGCUAUGAAAGCUAGACAACUCUUGGCACUCCUUAUAAAUGGUUUUCUCAUGUAUAAUUCAGGAAAAUAUACUAUUUGAGCAUGACUGCCUAAGGCCUCCUGGAAGAGGGGUUAUGGGCGAUGCGUUGGAUUGGUACCUCGUUGCAAGUUGGCUUGGCUGAUGGCUGUAACAAAAUUACAGCGCCCCUGUCUGGGGAAUUAUGAGACGACUUUUGGGCAUGAAGGCAGUCUGUCUGCUGUAAAUUUGAGAGGCACUGGGAGUGUGAACAAGAAGUCAAACUAAACUUUGGGGUUUUAUCUGUCUCUUCUGGAUUCUAAGUAGCUUCCCAUUGGUAAAUGUACUCAGGUAUAAGGUGUGUCUUAUUUAAGUUAGUUUCUGUCCAAAUACCACAGUAAUUUUUUUUUUUUUUUUUUUUGGAGCACAUUGAGAGCUCCAUUUAUAUUCUUACCCUUCUUAAGAAUAGUCUGCCCCAUUGAAGAAAGUAGUUAAGCGUUGUUCAUUAAGCUUGAUUUUCCUUUUUUUUGUUUCCUGAGUCAGAAGUUUGGGUUGCGUUUAUAUUAGAGGGUGGUGGGGAAGAGAGUAGGAAGCAUUGAAGGCAAAGUUAGUAUGUAUUGUUUUAAUAAUUUUUUUUUCCUGCAAAAACAUAUACCUGAAAGAUGGUAGCAGCAGGGUGCUGUUUUAGGUUUCAGAAUCUUUGUUAAUUUCCAGAUAACUCUUUCUAAGCAGUCAUCUGACUUGUAAGCAGGUUAUUGGGGGG